GCACACAGCACCUGCACUGCUGUGCGUUCGUCGGAGCUGCACGAGCUCCCGUGUGGGAUCAUGGGUGCGGGAAAUAAUGCUAUGGUAACCGCCGAGCGAGGCACGCCGCAGCAGGCAGCACGACCGCGAAGAAGAUGCAAGCCUGCUGCUGCUGCUGGUACUGCUGCUGCUGACAGGGCCAGCUUCGGCGCGAACGGCCGCCGCCGUAGCACAAGCACACUAGCUGCGGUGUUCGUGCUGCUGGUGGCCUCACUGCGGGCCCCGUCGUGCCAGGGAUUCGUGGCCCCGCUUGCCACGCGAACGGGCAUCAGAGGAUGGACGGGCAUCAGAGGAGGCCCUUCUCUUGCCAGGGUGGUGGUUGACAAGGAGGCAAGAACUACUAAGCUCGGCAGGUUAAGGGUCCCCGGGGGGGGGCACAGUUUGACUAUGUCGGCGGGGCUGCCCGCAGCGGUAAGCUCGAUGAUCAACCCAGUGGUGGUCAAGGCCUCCACCAGGGCCGUGAGCGAGCUCCUGUGCUGCUGCGUGCUUGGGGUCGUGGCUGCCAAGAAGGGGAUCUUGACCCCGGUGAACGUGGCGGCUCUCUCCAAGAUCGUCUACGGAAUUUUCCUGCCCUCGUUGCUCAUGGUGAACGUGGCCAAGACUUGCGUCAGCCAGUCCGUGGCCUCCCUCCUUCCCAUCCCGGCGUUCGCGGGCAUCCAGGUAGCCCUCGGCCUGGCCAUAUCGGAGGUGGCCAUGCGCCUGCUGAGGAUUAACCCCGAUACCGAGGCGGGCCGCGAGGCGAAGGUGUGCAUGGCCUUCCAAAACAGUGGAAUUCUUCCGCUGAUUUUCCUGAACGCCAUGUUCAGGGGGAGCCCCGAGUUGCUCUCGCGCGGCGUGGCGUAUGCGAGUUUCUAUUUGAUGGGCUGGAGCCCGACGUUUUGGACGAUCGGGAAUAACAUCCUCACGGGACAUCUGCACCAAGACGGAGGAGGGGGAGGAGGAGGAGGAGGAGGAGGGAAGAAGAAAAGCGCGGCCGAAGACGAUGUAGCGGCGGUGCCAAAGGCGAAGCUCAGCCUUUCUAAGCGUGUGGCGAACCUUCCUUCCAAGGUUAAGAGCAUCGCUGAGAGCCCCACCGUCCGAAGAGUCUUAAGCCCGCCAAUAGUGGCCUGCAUGAUGGGGCUUGUGAUAGGCCUGUCCCCUCCCCUUCGUUGGCUGCUCAUGAGGGAGGGGGCUCCGCUGGGCCCGAUGUGGUCUGCCUUCAGCAACCUGACGGCGGCGUAUACUCCAUCAGGCGUUCUUGUUCUGGCCGGGAGCUUGGCGAACUGUCCCCCCGGAAAAUGGUUCUCUCGAGACACCCAGAAAACCAUCUUGGCGGUCGGCAUGGCUAGGUGGUUCUUGUUGCCGCUCGCGACGUCAGGGCUGCUUUUCGGUGGGGUCAAGUAUGGACUAGUCCCUCCAGACCCGAUGCUGCUCUUCGUGCUGCUGAUCGAGUCAUGCAUGCCUUCGGCGCAGAACACCGUCAUCAUGCUCCAGGUGGCCGGGUUGCAAGAAGCAGCUGGGAGGAAAGCGAGGACCCUUUGCACCCUCUACCUCAUAUCCAUCGUGCCAGUGAGCAUCCUUCUCACCGUCUUCAUCGCCGCCCUGAAGCUUGUGCAGUAGUGUGGGGGUCACGUCAAAUAGCUUCGAUGCGACAUGGUGGCUUCAUCUCGGCAGUGAAGCUUGCGUAGGAAUAUUGUCAGAUCACGGCGUUGCUUGGGCGUGAAUGAUGCGUAUUCCAAAUAGAUGAACAACCUGCAUGAGGUAGGCAGGUUUGGCGACACGCCUCACCUCGUUGUUUGGCUUAAAAUCCCGCUAGGAUGUACAUGUAAAGCACACAUAGUUUAUGUAGCGCACUUUUUGCACGUUCUGUCUCUUAAUAAGGUAGUAGGGAUGUAGCAGAGAAGAGCAAGUCGGCUUGAAUUGCCCUUUGCACCCUACUACUUAGAUAUCGCAGGUGGACCUAGAUCUGCCGUACGAAAAACGUUGUCAUGCCGUUGCCCAUGGAGAGCUCACGUGGCCUCCCCACACCCCCGAGGCGGUGCAUGGUUAACGUGAUCAUGGUGACGGGUAAUAGCAGCAGAUGUGAUGGCGGUAGCAAAGGUGUACGCUCUGCACAUUUUAAGGAAGGUGUAUACUCGGAAGAUGUAAACUCGGCUCAACCCUUGAGGUGCGCUACGAGAAUGUGUUAGUUCUUCAGUGCCGUAGAAUCUGGAUGUGACGAAGAGACCUUAUGCGUUGUUGUUUUGCCCUAGGAAGUAUGUGAUUGAACGUGAAGGCGCUCGACGUGCAUACCAGCAAUUGGUUCAAGUUGUGCGGCUUGCCUGAUGUAACCAAGAGAACCACCCUUGCCGCACCACAGGUGGACCAGCCUGUAGUGCAUGUCGUUGUCGACAUAUCUUUCUUUGAUCUUUCUGUUCGUUCUCUCGCCCGUUUGCUCUCUCCACGAGCACUCGGCGGUGAUUGUAGGGUUGGGGAAAUGAGAACAUACGGCAUGUGU